AUGGGCUGCUGCAAAUCUAGUAUCGAAAAAGCAGAAUUCUUACUGCAGGAACAAAAAUUAGUAGAAAGUGAAAUGACUACAGGCUGCGAUUCCCCUAAUUUCAAAUACUUACAAAAUAAUGAAGCUGAUACUCCGACCACAACAAAAGCAGUGGAAACUCCUAAGUUUGGGAAAUUUACUUUUAAUUUCAAUGAAGAUAUAAACGAAGAUGAAGAAAAUUUUAGAAUUGAUAAAAGAACGGAUUAUAAAGCAAAAGGAUCAGAAAAAAAUUCUAAUAAAAACACACAGAAAAGUAAUUAG